UCAAACCAAUUCCAACUUUCUCCCAAACCAGAACAAAACCAAAUUUCAACAUGAAGAAGACCUACAAGUUUCAAACCCUCUUCUCUUCUCUCAUCUUUCCCAUAUUCCUCUUAACACUCCUCCUGUCGAUUUCAAGAACCAACGCCGUCAGCUCCGGUGGUGGUUGCCGAGAUCCGCCAUCACAAAACAGCUGCAAGACAUGCAUGGCGGAGCAGACGAAAUACGACUGCCCUAAGUGCGUGCCGGUGCUCCGAUGCAUGGCUCGUUGCCUUUGGAGCGGUGUGUCUCAGAGGAAAUGCACCACCACAUGCGGCGUCGACACCGUCGCCAGGCCGUCGCUGCUGGACUGCAAACGCUGCGUUUCUAGGUGUAAGUGUAGCUGUGCGGCUUAGGAACUAAUCGACUUUGUACUCUCUUUUAUGUUGAAUAACGUGUUAAAUGUUAGAUCUUUGUCUUUUACGCUAUAUAUGUUGAAUGCUACCUAUAUAGUUCAUAUAUUGAUAUAUAAUCACAUAUCUAAGAGGCAUGCUCAGUGUUAGUAGCUCAACUAUUUUCUUUUUUUGUCAGCCUGUUAGUGUGUCUCUAUUAACACUGGAAAACUGUCUUGUAAAGAAACUUCGUUGCAACUUAACACUGUAAAAAGCGAGAAACCAUCAUCUAUGUUUUUCUUUUUUUUUGGUGUAAUACCAUCAUCUACGUUUAAAUAUGUCUAUUAAUUUGGAUAAAUCUAUACUACUAAAAGGGAAGGAGUUUUAAAAAAUCUACAUAUGAAAAGUUGUUGGACUCUUUCACUAGACUUAACUAUUUUUUUGGUCUCA